AUGCCGACGCGCCGUGAGACGCGCCGAUCCGGUCGGCCACCUGCAUGGAUCCCGGGCACGCUGUGCCUGCUGUGCCUGAUGGCGCAGCUGGCCGCCACGAGUGGGGCGCUGUUCGCCGUGGACGUGGGCACAGAGUACAUGAAGGUGUCCCUGAUCAAGCCCGGCAGGGAGCCCAUCUCGAUCGUCACGAACGAGAUGUCCAAGCGCAAGACGGUGGCGGACGUGGCGAUCGUUAACGGGGAGCGGCUGAUGGGCGCGGAGGCAACUGCCCUGCGGACGCGGCACCCAGGGAGGGUGUUCACGCGCCUUCGCGACUUUCUGGGGAAGCCAGCCGGCCACGCCAGCGUGUCCAGGGCGCUGAGGGCGGAGACUAGGACGCCGCUGGUGUAUGAGCUGGUGGAGGACCCGCAGAGGCAGACGGUUCGGUUCAAGACCGGCGAUGAUUCCACAAUCUCUGCGGAGGAGCUGAUGGGCAGCAUCAUUACAUAUGCUAAGGCGAUGGCUGAGGCCCAGGCUGGGCAGGAUAUUGUUGACUGUGUCAUUGCGCUGCCAUGCUUUUUUGGUCCUGCUCAAAGACAAGCCAUUCUUGAUGCUGCAAGGCUUGCAGGCGCCAAUGUGUUGGCUUUGGUGCACUCCAACGCAGCAGCUGCCCUCCAAUAUGGGAUAGUCCGGGACUUUUCGAACACCACAGAGAAUGUGAUUUUCUACGACAUGGGAUCAAACGCAGUUCAAGUUGCCUAUAUCACCUUCUCAUCGUACCAAACCAGGGAUAAGGGCAAAAUGAAGACAAUUAACCAGCUGCGAGUUUUGGAUGUGGCCUGGGACGAUGACCUUGGUGGCGAUCAUUUGGACUGGAUGUUGGUGGACCACAUUGCAGAUGAGUUUCAGGAGAAAUACGGUUUGGACCCAAGGGACUCCCCCAAAGCAAUCGCAAAAAUGAAGAAGGCUGUCCGGCGGACCAAAGAGAUCCUGAGCGCCAACAGUGAUGCCCCAGUGUAUGUUGAGGAGCUACAUGACAAUAAGGACUUCUCAAGUAAGAUAACAAGGAGGGAAUUCGAGGAUCUUGCUGCAGAUUUCUUUGAGCGUGCCAAAAACCCCCUUGUGGAAAUCUUGGAGAGAAACAAUUUGAGUGUGGCUAGCCUAGAUGGUGUUGAGCUACUGGGUGGAGGGACAAGGGUUCCCAAAUUGCAGGCAGUCCUGUCAGAAGCACUUGGGGGCAGGAAUCUGGACAGGCACCUGGAUGGUGAUGAGGCUAUUGUUAUGGGUGCUGGCUUGGUGGCUGCAAAUCUGAGCACAACAUUUCGUCUGCGCCAGUUUGGUUUGGUGGAUGGGGCAGUGUACCCAAUGUCUGUUCAGAUUGAGGAGCCUCCGCAGUGGACAGCACCUGCACACGCAGCGAGUGAUGAUGCUGAACAGCUUUUCAAGCCGAGAGCUCUGUUGCCCUACAUGAAGAGACUCCCAGUGAAGAGGAUUCUUCACCUCGCCAAUUUCACAGCGGAUCCUUUCAAUGUCUCCUUUGCUUUCAAUACAUCUGGCGGUCGUCCUUUGCCUUCCGGGAUGGAAACUACGGACUACGGAACCUAUGAAGUGUCUGGGAUGAAGAAGGCAGUAGAAAAGCAUGGGCAGGAUGGCAAAGUUGCCCUCCACUUCACCACACAAAAUGAUGGGAUCAUCGUGUUGAAGGGGGCAGAGUAUGUUGCAGAGGUGCAGCCAAAUGUGCCAAGUGUGGCAAAGGAAAAUGAUACUGCAAAUGAGACUCGCGACUCAGUGCCCGAAAUCAACGAUGAGGUCCAGGAAGAUAGCACUGAUGGUGAUGAAGGGGAUGCGAGCGACACGCCAGAGAGCAAGGAUGAUGCACAGGAUGACAGCAGUGAUGGCUAUGCAGAGGAUGCAGGUGAUGGACAGCGCUCCAGUACCAGCAACUCAACAGAUUCAGAUAGUGCAGCAUCAGAAGAUCGUCAGGUGCUGGACAAUAAUGCAAUCCCAGACAACUCAACAGCAAAGAACGAGACUGCCAAAGCACCAAAAACUGUGAAGAAAAAGACUGUCAGGUUUCCACUGAUUGUGUCACAGCCUGAGCUCACACACCCCAGCUUGGACACAAAGGGCUUGCUUGCCUCAACAAAGGUGCUGCUAGAAUUCUCAAAGAAAGAGAUGGAGAAGAAGGCAGGAGAUGCAGCAAAGAACAGUCUGGAAUCUUACAUACUGAGCACACAGGAAAUGCUUGGUGUUGACGAAAACAUCAAAAAGGUCACAACAGAAGAGCAACGAAACACAUUCUCAUUGGAGUUGACAGAGACGGAGGACUGGCUGUACAUGGAAGGUGAAGAUCAACCUGCGGCAGAGUUCAAAAAGCGUCUGGCGGAGCUGGAGGCAGUUGGGAAGAAGAUGGUGGAAAACGCUGCAGAGCUCACGCGACGGCCAGAGGCUGUGAAGACAGCACAAGACUCCAUCGAAUUGCUUCGAAAAGUCAUCAACACAUGGCCAGAGACCAAACCCUGGCUCAAUGAAACAGAGGUUGAGAAAUUUGCCAACAAGACGGAUGCUUUCGAAGAGUGGCUCACUGGCGUGGUUGCAGAGCAAAGCUCCAGGGAACCUCACGAGGAUCCGGCGUUCAGAAGCGAAGAUGUUAUGUUUAGAUUCAACGCGCUGAACAAGGUCUUCAACAAGCUCAAGAACAAGAAGGCUCCCAAGCCCCCGCCACAGGCCCCAAUCGUCAUUGAGAACAUGACGAUAACAGAAAACGGCACAUUCUAUGGUGUGGGCGGCAAUGAAACAGGCAUUGAAGAGAACAUAGCAGUCGAUUUAGAGCAGGAGAAGGACGUGCCACAAGACCAUGAUGAAUUAUGA